CACCGAUACUGCGGGCUCGCACUUACCCGUUCGCACGCACACAGCCCCGUCGCGCACACGCAUCGACUAUUGGCGCGACACAACACGCCCACGACGCAGGCAGGCAGACAGACAGACAAGCAGACAGCUCCAUUACGCGACACACAGACACACAGACAUACACACAGACAGACAGACGCACAGACAGACAGACGGACGAAAGCAACACCGACUUACGGCAAAGCUGCAGAGUGCGGCAUCCACACAUUGAGGACACGCACAGCGGGAAAAGACACACUCAUUCUCCCUCCCUCCCCCCUUCCCCACUGCACCGCCCGAUCAAUGAAGACAUCCAUCAGUCAAACGACUGCUGGCAAGUCGCCGAGAUCCACAGGUGGCCCAUUCUGUGCUCAUGGUGUGUCUCUUGUCAUGCUCGCACUCGGCUUCCCACUAGCACCCAGAACUCCAACUCGUCCAUGACUCUCAUGCCAGGCACAUGCUUGAACACCAGAGAGAAAACCGGAUUCUGCUCACCCACAUGUGCUCAGAGGCCAUCAUCAUGCUCGUCGGUGAGUUCUCCACCAGGCUGUAUGUCCCCGGCAGCCAACAGAUGCCAUAGUUCAGCCUCGUUGAAAAGCCUUGUCUGCGCCACGAGGGCAGACCAGGGAGAGCACAGUGCGAUUUUCGCGCACACGAGCAGUAGUGUUGCCGCAUAGCCGAAGGCUGCAGACAUACACACCAGAGGAAACAUGGAGAUGGAUCGACGGUAACUGCAUUCGUCAUGCUGUCUGCGUCGACUUACGAGCGUAGAGCAGGACGGCGGCCAUCGUAAUGACGCCAUAGGUACACGCUGCGAACUGCACAGCCAUGUUGUGGUACGUCCCAUACACAAGCAGCACAUUGAGGAAAGCCAGGAGAGGGUCGCCCACUGCAAACAAGGCACCAAACCGACGAGUAAGGAAGGAAUGAGAAAGGUGCUCGCCAGCCCACCGAGGCCGCUCAUGGCGACGAUGCCGGCCAAUUUGACGUCCAGCAUCGAUGCUCCCAGGGCCACCAUCCACAACCCAGCCAAAACUGCACGCACCAACACACCAAACAAAACAAACAAGGCGAAGAUGCAGCACUAUCGCCCAGAGACUGAAUCUCUUAGAGAGCAGUGCCCAGUAGAAGCGCAUCUUGGCCGGCACGUCAGGGAGACAAAGCCUCACCCGACGCUGCUUGCCCCACACCUCAGACACUACAUCCAUCACCAGGCAGCUGCCAGGACGCUGUGUCAUGGUCUCCUUGACACACACAUCAUGGACACACGAAGACGGACUGGGGCUGGGAUCCUGGUCGCCGGCAGCAACACACACUCGACAUGCCGGCGGAUGCUGGGAAGGACACACGCAGCCGUUGAUGGCGCUGCCUUCGUCCGCUGCUGCUACUGCUGCUACUGCUGCUGUAUAUGUGGCCAAGUCGAGCGCAUGAAUUAUGACAGAUCUCGACGGCAUAGCUCUUGCUGCUGCCGCUGGGCGAGUGGCAUCGAUGUCGUCGAGGGCCGGGGAGGCUGAGGACAUGCUGAGAUCUCAUCAGAAGAUGAUCAAUGACAUCUCAGCCGAUAAUGGCGUUUCUCACAGGCACCCUUCCGUGAGCCAAAGACGCCCCACUGCCCCUUCUUCUUCUUCUCUUGCCGAGCCCUCCAACACUAAGGUGCACAGACGGCAAGUCAUUCUGUGGGAAGGACGAACCAGAUCUGCGUACCCGCGAUGUCAACGAUGGCCAAUGAGCUGUCCUGACGGCCUGCCG